CGGCAUAACAAAUCGACAAAAACUAUGUUUUGAAAGUGUUUUAAUCAGCAGUGUCAGUGGAACCCUAGAGUAUGGCAGUCAUUAGCAUGAAAUUGGUUCUAGCUUUUUUAGCAUUUAUAGCUCUUGUCAUUUGUAAGAAAAAUUGCAAGGCGCCCAAAAUAAUGGUCAAAGGAGUCUGUCGUAACCCCAAAGACGUAAAGGAAUCGGAAGUGAAUGUUUGUAAGAAGGGACUUGUCACCCAUGGCGGCUUGUGCCAGACCAUCGAGCGUAUUCGAAAGGGGGACAAAUGUCUGCCUGACGAGAUCAAGGUAGCUGGUGGACAUUGUCAUAAGAAAAACAACUCUGAUGAUUAUAGCAUUUUUCACUUCCCACCGAUUUGUCCACCCGGUUAUGUGCUAACCCCUGGAUAUCGUUGUCGUAGAAGGGCCAGAACAGACAUUAAUGUGUUGAAGACUAAACAAAUGCCGGAAUACUGUUGAUUCGUGCUGCAUUGCUAGCUUAAUGCAAAAAAACCUCUGCUUUUGUAAAAUUUUAAUUAAAAUCUUGUUUGAAAAUAUUCUGGGCUCAUAAA